AAAUUAAGCGAGUUAUUUCGUGGCAAUAUGGAGGGUAUUUUUAUUACUAAUAAGAAUAAUAAUACAGAAAAACGUUUACUACAACGGUUAAUACCAUGUUCUUGUUCACCCGACCCUCUUAAGGAGCAAUUACCUUAA